AUGUCGGACGAAUCGGGGAAGUCACCUUCAACUCCCAAUGUUCGUCAAGUGAAAGAAAUCUUAAGCGAAGAAACCAUUAUAGAAACUGAAACUGUUGAUGAAACAGUAGAACAUGAAAUUGACGUUUUAGACUCCGAAACUUCCGAAAAAAGUUCAACCUAUGUUGAAAAGAAAGAAACAUCGUCGAACAUCCCCCGUCGUAUUCAAGGAGCAACCAUACAAACUACCGAGCAGACAACAACUCAUACAAACGAUAAUACUCAAUCUUCAGAGAAUUCUAAAAUCCCAGUAAAAGAUAAUCCUGAAAUUUCGGAGAAGUCUGCUAAUGAGAUUAUUGAAACAUCCCCGAAUCCUCAAAAGAUUCAAUUCUCUGAACAAGAAAAACCAGAUCAUGAGGUUGUUCCUAAUUCCCCUAUUGUAGACUCAACUACAAGAACGAUACCUAAUAACGAAGUUAAGGCAAGCGAAGCUACAAAGAAAAAUAUAGACAUUGUAAAAGUCGCCGAACGAUAUCGCGUUGAUAUCAAUACUGCCAAACCUGCAGAAUCGAGAGGGUUGCAUGUGAACCAAAUUAAAGGUUUAUUGGAAGAGUAUGGUCAUAAUAUCCUUACACCCCCCAAAAAGAAACAUCCCAUCGUAAAAUACUUUGAAUGUUUAUUUACUUUAUUCAAUAAUAUAUUAAUGAUUGCGGGUGUUUUAAUGUACAUUUUAUUUGCUAUUGAUCAAAAAGAAAAUAAAUCCAGUACUUACCUUGGUGCUAUUUUCUUUGAGAUGGUAGACUCACAGAUCCAAGCAUCUACGCUAGUACGUGGUGACGUUGUUUUUGUAAAGAUGGGAGAUAAAGUUCCCGCUGAUUUACUGAUAUUCGCCGCAACUGAUAUGAAA